UCAGUUCCUCUGAGUGUUUUGAUGUCCCGCAGCAGCUCCUGUGCUGUCAGAGCAAUCUCGGGCACGCCGGGUUGGUGCGGAGCACCGCUCACAUUCUCUCACUGUACCGAUUUACUUCGGGGAGUGCAAGGCACUGUCAGCAGUGUGCACUGCAGACUUCUGCGGAGGUUUGUCAGCUGCUGUGGCCGAGACGUUUAACCGUGCCCAAGCUGCCCUGACUUUAAUUCGCACUGACUCCAAACUUUCUUUGGACGUUUGAGUUCACCCGUGGCUGCUGUGAAGCUUCUUUACCGUAAUGAUGAAUCGCAAAGGAAUGGUCGUCAAAAUUUUAUCCCGAAUACGGACCGACUCUUUCAACAGUAACUACACUCUGCUGGGGAAGGAGUUGGGGAGGGGCAAAUUUGCAGUUGUCAAGAAAUGCAUGGAAAAUGCCUCCAGAAAGGAAUAUGCAGCCAAGUUCUUACGGAAACGAAGGAAGGGCCAAGAUUGCCGCAUGGACAUUAUCAACGAGAUUGCAAUCCUUGAGAUAGCGAAAAGCAACUCUCAUGUGGUAGACUUGCAUGAAGUGUAUGAGACGACCUCAGAAAUCAUCCUGGUGCUGGAAUAUGCUGCAGGUGGAGAGAUCUUUAACCAGUGUGUGGCAGAAGGAGACGAGGCCUUCAAAGAGAAAGAUGUGAUCCGCCUUGUGCGUCAGAUUCUAGAUGGAGUUGCCUAUCUACAUGGGAAGAAUAUUGUUCAUUUGGACUUAAAGCCACAGAACAUUUUGCUUACUAAUUGCAAUCCACUGGGCAACAUUCGGAUCGUUGACUUUGGCCUGUCCAGGAGGGUCGAUAGCAUUGAAGAGAUCAAGGAAAUUACUGGGACGCCAGAAUAUGUAGCUCCUGAAAUACUAAAUUAUGAAGCAAUCAGCACAGCAACGGAUAUGUGGAGUAUUGGCGUGUUGGUGUAUGUCAUGCUGACAGGAGUUUCACCUUUCCUUGGAGAUGACAGACAGACCACAUUCCUCAACAUUUCCAAAGUGGAUAUUGACUAUUCAGAGGAUAUUUUUGAAGGCAUCUCUGAUUUAGCGAUAAAUUUCAUUCAAUCUCUCCUUAUUAAAGACCCCAGGAAAAGGGCAAAGGCUGAACAGUGUCUCAAACACCCCUGGCUUUCUCCUGAAGUAGAGGUGAAAAAACCCAUAACCGAGUCGGAGGAGGAACAAUCGGCGUCUGAGCCGAACAGCCCUGAUUCAGAAGAACUGGUGCUAAUGGCGUCCUACACACUGUGCCAGCCUUUAGACAAAGAUGUCGAGCGGACAACGGUGCACAAACAGUUCAAAUUCAAGGAACCCUUCACAACGUUGCGGGAUUUUCUGAGUGCUUGAUGCGCAUUGGACUGCUAACGUGCUAGUUUCAAUCUAGCUACACAGAGCACCACAUUUGCCGGUUGCUCAGAGUGCCACAUGGCUGAAUGCUCUGUAGGCUUUCAUUAUCUUGGACAAUUAACUUUUUAUUGGGCACAAGCCUGGUGUAAUAUAGAAUGAAUAGCCUGAAUUGAGCACAUGGUUUUAAGGUGAAAUGUAUAACCUUUUUCUCGGGAAAUGGUGCCCUCCUAAGCAUAGUGAUUAAGCUGAGAGACUGGUAUAGGGAAACCCUAGCUGAAGCCAUAGCACCUUUGCUGAUUGGAUGUAUGAAUCAAUAUCAUGCCCUUACCUUCCAUUGCUAGGUAACUAGUUGCAGUGGUUGAGUUACAGAAGAUCUUUGCCAGAAAUGGUGCAGGCCAAUAUUGGGUUAGCACUUUCACUGUCUCCUGGCACUUAGGUCCUGUCAACCAAUAGAUUUUAUUGAACAAAAUGGCACUUCUCAAUUCAGCAGAAGCAAAUCUUGCAUUAAGUUUGAGUGCAAUUUGACUAUUUGGUGGAAGGUGCCUCCUCUUACUUUGUACAUUGUAACUGGAGAAUGCAGUUUAUGCUAACGAGCAAAAGCUCCAACAAUCCCUACGGCACCUCAUUUUCCAGGCCUGUUUUAUACUUGCCUUCUUCCUAAAUAGAAAGGGAAAUAAUGUGUGGUAUUUAAAACUACUUUUUUUUAAACAAGACCAGCAAAGUUUGGAUUUGAUGUAAAAAUAUCAGUUUCUACUAGGUACGCUGCUGUUUAUAAUUUCAAGGCUUACAAUAAUAAUGCUGCAUGCUUUGUGCAGUAUUCAGUUUUUCAGUUCACAUUAAAUUCCAUUCCAUAUAAAAUCUGAUUUGCCCUGUUCCUGCAAUUAUAAAAUACAGAACCAUAGCUCUUUUUAUUACAUUAGGAAGGAAUUCUAGGAGAUCCAAAGUAAGAUUGGUGGGUCUAAAAUUCAAGUAAUGAAGUGAAACAAUAAUAGUGCUUCUGUGGCUACAGGACACACUAUGCAAAUUUCCUUGUAAAGCUAUACAUUGGAAUGUGUAGAGCUGCAAUGAAAUAAUAGCACAUAAAGUAUUAGUGCACAUGUAAUUGUCUGUUUCAGGCCUAGGGAAAAGGAGUGCCUUUUUACUCUUAUUUAUUGUAUCUUGUUGGUUUAACAAAAACCAUUAUUGAAAGAUUUUUUUUGGCAGGGAAUAGAACAUGUUUUCUUUCUUUAAAGAAUACUCCAGAAACAUUGGCUUUGUUAUUCUAGGAAUCUGACAUUUAUCCUGGUUAUUAACUUGUGGCUCACUUCUUUCUAUUAUCAAUUUUGGAGCUUCUUGUGACGGUGAGGCAUGUAUCAGGCGUUCGCGCGUUUUUUUAGAUUGUUAAGCACCACUUUAAACUGAGUAUUCAAUGGCUGGGCUAGAAGGGUUUUACUGAGCACCUGUGGGGCCUAUGUAGCAGAUAUAUAAAUUGUCACUUUACUUUAGUCACUGAAGCUAGAUAAAAUUUUCAUGAGUAAGUCGCUAUAGGAUAGAUAGCAAGAGAUCCACUUUGUACCUUGGACCACCGGAGUUUUAAACAAAUGAGCGAGUCACAAUUAUAAGAGUGGGCCAAUAAUGUACAGUUGCUCACUUUGAGGAAUAAUUGUUCAACGGUUAAGGUGUCAACAGCAAUGCUUUCCGGGUAUUGUUUUAUUCUGACCUCAUUUACACAUUCAAAGUGAGGAGGGAGGAGUGGGUGGACAUUUUUUUGAAGAACCAUCUUUUUCAACAAUUAAACAGUCAGUAUUUUCUGCAUGAUUUUUCCCUUAAAAAAGAAACUGCAAAAAAAAAGUGUUGAGGCAUUGAUUGCAUAUUUAACUUGCACAGAGGACUUCACCGCAUGGCUGACAGGAAAUCUGCCACAAAGCACAAGUGAGAAGUCUUUCAUUCAACUUUCCUGUUGUACAUCAGAACUGAAAUAUUUGAAAUGGAGAUAUGGAAUUUUGUAUUGUAUUAUAUUUUCAAUGGUUGAAUAGAAUCAUCAACUUAUUUAGACAUUCUUCAGGCAGAGACCAUUAGGCCAAUUGUGGCAACUGCAUUGAACUGAUAAGGCUGCAUUUUGUUUGAAGUUUUGCCUGACUGCUUUAAAGUAAUUUGAUGAUUAAUCAGUACAAUUGCAGGAGUUUUCUGCAUUGGCUAACUUCCUGCAGAUCACAUCCCCUUAUUUGCCAGAGAAUAGAAGCAACAAGCAGAUUCUCGGCAGAACUGGUGUGUGAAAUGAAAGGUCCAGGUACUGCUUUAGUGCCUCUCUGUCAAUGCCACAUAGACAAUUUUAGGAUUGAAUUACUCAUAGAUAAAGCUUUCACAGGAUAUUAAAAUGUAUUGUUAUUGACUGAAUACAAUAGUUGUACUAUAAAUUUAUUUGUAUCAAAAAAUGCACCUGCAGUAUUGGUGAAAACUAUUUUUGUGGGGAGGGAUGGGGUUGCUUAUGUUUUAACAAAACUGCCAAAACCAAUUGUUUGCUGAUGCCACUUAAUUUGUUGAAGGCAGUACCUUUGUUAUUCUAAUAGUCAUUAUUCUGUUUAUUUUAAAUGGAUUAAUGAUGAAGUAGCAAAUAUGUCUUCUAUCAGAAGUGAUGUCAAUGUGGCUUCAGAGAUAUUAUUUGAAUUUUUUUAUCAUGUGGACAUUUAACACAAUUGCAUUGAAUGCAGUCAGUUGGAUGGUUUAAAAAAUGUUCAGGCUCCAUCAGCAAAGAACAUCAAUUAUGUUAUCAAGAGCAGAAGAAUAGGCAAGAUCUGUUAAAUGUGUUCUGUCUGUUGAUUACAGCUACAUGUGGUUCCGAGAAGUCAAGAAAAGAUGUGUUAAAAUGAACAACAUAUAAACCAUCUGGGGUUAAGAAGGGGUUAAGAUUGUUGCAUCCUUUGUUUGAGUAAUCGGAUUAGAAGAAAGUAUUCCUUCUGUCAAACAAUUGUAGCUUGUUUCUUCUGUAAUGGAAAAAGUGUAAAAUGUAUGUAAAACAAUCAGAUUAUCAAGUAUAAAGUUGACAAUUAACUACUGAAAUUCUAUAGGAUGGUUGGCAAUUCUUGGUCAUAUAAGGUUUGUUGGACCAAAUCUUUGAACUAUAAUAAUUGUAUUCUUUCCUUUUAAAAUACUGUCAACUUUGUUAUCAGCACCUCCACAAUAUGUUUAUGCAUUAGUUGUGAUAGCCAAAACUGAUGACAAAGGUACUGUUUAAUGUUUUUCAUGUAAUGUGUUUACUUUUUUUACAAUAAAAUAUUAUUAAAGUCCA